AUGCCGAUUCAGCCGAGCAAGCAAGCGGGCGAUCGCGACCAGAGGCCCUCGGGGAGGGAGCCGGACGAUGACGACGAUCCCUCGCACAAUCUCUGGGUGGGGAACCUCCCCCCGGACACCGUGGACUCGGAACUGAUGGCACUCUUUGGAAAAUUUGGGGCUCUCGACAGCGUGACGACGUACGCCGCCAGAAACUACGCCUUCGUUUACUUCAAGCACCUGGACGAUGCCAAGAGGGCCAAGGACACCCUGCAGGGUUCUCUCGUCCGCGGGAAUGCCAUAAAGAUUGAGUUUGCCCGACCGGUUCGUUCUCCCUCUUCGUGUAGUUUGAUCAGGGUUUAUUUUUAUCAUUUAUGUACAAAUCGGCAGACCCAGGGGAUGGCAUCGGAAUUAGGGCCUCUUCGAAUCUUAGGUUCAUCAUAUAGCGAUACUGCUUUCGUAUUUAUAAUUUUUUCAAUUAUUUCUCUCGAAUGUGCGUCGAUCGUAAUUAAAAGUCGUGAAAGAGCAAACUAGGUAGAAAAAUCGAACGCAGCGUAUUUCGAGUCGAGUAUGGCAGUCCAUCUAUCCUCCGUGGCUUACUUCAACACGUUGCAGCCCGACUUUUUAUUGCUUGCAGAGCCCCAGAUGACGAGCAAAAACGCACCGUCAAACAUCAAACUCGUUUUAUAAAUAAUUUUUUGACUAUUGUUUCCGCUAGAGUCAUGUGACAACAAUUUAUAUAAUUGUCUUCAGAUUUUUUGAAUUGAUUCGUUUAAUUUUGAGGGAUGGUCACCGUCUCCAUAUAUUCAAAUAAUUAUUUUCCUUUCUAGUCUUACUCGCAGACAUAUCGGCAUUGUUUAAUCUAGGAUAGCCCAUGCUCGCAAUUUAGGUCGGCUCAUUAAGUCUCUUUUCGUGGUCAUCGCGUAGUUCAUGAAUGUAGAGUUGAGAGGGUUGCUCUUUAUAAACACAUACUUACGAAUUGAUUAUUUAUUUACAUUACCAUUAGAAAAAAUCAUUACGCCCAUAGAUUUAUGUGUACAAUGGAGAUGCUUGUAUGUCGAGCAAGUGCAUAAAAAUGAAUGAUUCAAUAUCAUAAGUGGCUCACUGGCCUUACAGUUUCUCUUUGGUGUAAAUAAAUGCUGUCAAUCUGAGGCGCUCAUGGCAUUCGAUUUAAUUACUUGGAUCAGAACCUAGUUUUCCGAGGCAAUUACCGGGGCAAUGCCUUACAGCAAGGCGGUGUUAGAGGGGGAACGCCUUAUCCCAAGUUAUUCUCCUUGGUUAUCCAAGUGUCUCAAGAGCCCUAUUUGCUGUCCGUAAUCGCUAUAUUGAGGGGCUUAUUUACUAAUUGAAUACUUCUACAUUAUUAUAAAUUCUUGACAAUGUUUUUGGCCAGAAAAAAUCGUUUAAAGGAUGAAUACUUUCAGUAAAUAUCUCGGACAAAGAAAACUUAGGAAUAGGCGUUUUCGAAUGAUAUCGUUCCCUGCUAUAUGUUUGAGCAUUGUGACCAACCUUAGCGACUAGUUUAUUAACAACACGAAGCUUAUCCACCCGUAAGUAUUGGCCAGGAUUAUGGGGUUUUGGUGCGUGGUUAGUAUCUUGUAAUGGUUAAAUAAUAAGAAGAGAAUAUAUACAUAUUUACUAUGUAUUAAUCAGUAGGAUGGUAGUAGCUUCGCAAAAGCAUAAAAAAUGUUCCUCUCAUAGUGACAGAUCACUUAACUGGGACUGUGAAUGUACUUCUGAGAUCUAUUACAUAAGUGAUAGUUUGCAAGUGUUUGGUGGUGCUCGAAAGUCUGGAUCGGUUUCGUUCUCAAUUCACAUUUAAAUAAUUUAUUAAUAAAUUUCACUAAAAGAAAUAGAUUCGUAUAAGAUCGACAUUCUUACCUUGGCAAUCUUCAAUUCUUAUAGAUGAUUGUAUAGGAUAAUCUUCAGUUCUUACCUUGGCAAAGUGUGAUUUUGCUCGGCAACAAGAGAGUAGGCUGCCACAUUUCUUGCCUUAGUUGGCUUAACACCUAAAGAUGGGAUCUAGAAUCAAUGGUUCAAGCGUUGCUGUUGUGAUGGAAUAAUAUUUAAUCCAUUUUAUUAAUCAGGUUAGAACGAGGGGUUCAUCUCUUGGUUCAUAUACGAUAUUAUUUAAAAAAUUUAAAUAUAUUUUUGUUCAUAUACGAUAUUCCUUUUUUGUUUCCCUCAGAAGUAAUCAUCACGUGCAAAGGAUACAAAGACUAUUUUUUUUUGCUAUGCAUGCAUAUAAAGUAGAUUUUCAACAAGGUUAUGUUUUAGUCAAAGCGAAUGUAUCAGGCAUUAUUUUUCCUUGUUUUAAACCUGUAGUUGAUGUUGCCAUCAAUCAGACCAUAAUUACCUGUCUUACUAUUAAUUAUAAGUUGCCGUAUUCUCUGUGGAACUUAUGACUAUCUCUUCCAUAUGUGAGUCUCUUGACCUUUUACAAGGAAAGGCAAAAAAUAUAUCUAAUUCAAAAUCGGUGGUUCACAUUCUCGAGCUGUAUCAUCUAAGGGACUGCAUAGUUGAAAUUAUUGAUGUUUAUACCUGUGCGCGAGUUGGUUGGCAUAUUAGAAGACGCUGGAAAUUUUGGUUUAAUUACAAUUCAAAGAAAAUACUUGUUUUUUGCGAAAAAUCUUGACCUGAACCUGUUACAGAACUUUUUGGAUGGUGGCAACUCUGCCAUGAUUUAUGAACCGGCUAAAUGCUGCUGAUUUCUCUUGGUCUCAUGGUACAAUGGUGUCUAGUUACGUGUUAAUCUCUAAAAGUUUCUGAAUCAUAGAUAGCUCUAACUAGUGAAUUCAAUUUGUGUUUUAAUAGUUCAAAUUAAGCAAUGAGAUAAAUUAAUUGAGAUAGGGAUGGCUUUAUUUUUAGAUGGUCAAAAUAGGAAUGGCUCUCCUUUUGCAGAAGGUGAUAAGAUUGAAACACAUUUAAAUCCCUUGGCUCACAAAGCCAUAACCGAUGCCCAUUUCUGUCAAGAAAUUGGGAGAGUGUUAAACUUGAUUUAGUGAACGCCGUUUUUUUAUGUCUACUUUCAUCAUUAUCUCUGAAUUUCAUAGGUACAUGUGCACGUUAAGAGAAAAUCUGUUUACAAGUAUGAGUAUUUUUUGACUUCUUAAAGGAUAAUUACUAAUUGUAAACAAGGCAUAGAAUCUAGCAGAAGGCGUGGACUCAUGAAAUGGAAAAGAUUAAACAACUUUUUUGCGAAGUGGUUGCCGUAUUAUGAUGAUACAUGGCUAACGAAUUGUAGUUUGUCCCUUUCUGUGUUACUUUAGAUGCUUGCAAUAACCACUUAGAGUCCCACGACUACCAACUCACUGGGUUUCUUAAUGUUACUAAAACUUGUGGUUGAGAAAUGGGCACGUAGUAGUCAGUCUAACUGUCAGACAUCCACAAAUGGCUUUCAUGGUUCAGAGAUUUUUUUGUGGAUUUAUUCAAAUUUACCGUUUUUUCUGACUAUGAGAAUGUUGAACCUUAACAUUGCGGAUGUUAAUGUUUGGGCUUCAAACCAUUGCAUAGUUGUUUCAACUUCUGUUUGGCUUCAAACCAUUGCUUUAAACAUAACAUGGCGGAUACUAAAGUUGAUAUCCAUCAUCCUGGAUGAGACACCACUUCCACAUCUUUACUGUUGACAGUGGUUGAUUGAUGACUGCAGGAAUUUUAAUCAACUAAUGCCAACAGCCUUGCCGCUGAUGGCAGAAAAAUGAUUUGAAACCACUUUUUCUGAAAGACAAGUCUGCUGUGUCCUCCUUUGAUGACUUGAAGAUGCUGGACUUAGGGAAUGAAUGAUGUGUUUCUGGGACUUCUCUUCCAUGGAGCAGCCAGCUUUAGACUUAUAAAAAUAUACAAACUUCUGAUUUGAACGCUUUCAAGUUCUUUUGUUGUUUAUGUGGCUUCAUCUAAAGGUUUUUGGCUGAAGUAGGGCAUGCAUUGGUGGAUCCAGUCUAUGAGAAUCUAAACCGAAAGGAACGGAUGACGUUUUAGCCUUGCUUUAAUAGUAUUAAAAUUCAAUGUACCACUGAUAUUGGAGUUGAAACAAUUGCCAAUAUUGAUUACAGUCAACGGCUUUUGUGUUGAGUAGGUUUUUGAAAUUGAUUUACUAAUCUUCUUAAAUCUUUCAUUAUAAAGAGGUGGGAACUUUGAAUUAGAUAUAUGACUAACUAUUUGAUUCUAAUUAAUUACUCGGGGUGUCUCUGAAAUUACUUUUAUCUCUCCAUUAUGCAAUCACACGAUUUAAUUUCUUUCCAUUUACAUGUGUCAGGAUAGAAGUUGAAGAAAAGUCAUUAGGGAACUCGGGUCGAUUUUAUCAUUUUCUUAUGGCUAUCGUGCCGUUCUCUUUUGUUCAUACAUGAUUUGUUUGUGUUCUCGAGCCCUCUUCACUGCAAGGGGAUGGGGAAAGUUGGACAAAAAAGGAAUACCUAGCUUUUCUCCUUGACAUGUGACCGACACAUUUAAAAAAUAACUCCUCUCUGUUUUUAAGGAGGAACUUUGUGGGAAAACAUCCAUAUCGUAUUUACGAUUAUUAAAUUCCAAAGAAAAGGUUGGAAAACAGAUUGAGGAAUUUUCAACCUUUUGCCUUACUAAUGCAGGAUCAUGAUGGGCACGACAAUUUUUGGGGAAAAUUAUGAUGGUCUCGGAGUAGAAUUAUAAUUCACAGUGUGAGAUUAGCUUUCAUCCGUCUGACCAGUUGCUUUAUAAUCUUAAAUAGGUUUAUUUAUUCUGAAUGACAAAUUCUGAGUUCCAUUUAGUGUAUGGCCUGGCCAACGAAUUAUUUUUUGAUCUUAAGUUGGCACUCGCUUGGUUGAAGCGAACUCAGGAAGAAGUAAUCAUGCGAUAUUGCCUUUGUGGGAGAGAAAUAUGAGAGCCAUGUAGACAAGGGAGUCAAAGAAGAGAAACAGUGUGACACUGGCAGAAAGCAAUUCGACUAAUAUCAACAAUGUGUAUGACCAGAUUAUCUACGGUAGUAUGCCGCAGGAGAAUUUUUAGGUUCCCCCUGAUUCAUCACGGACAUGAAUGAAUCAUCUGUGACCGGCCAUUUAUCUCUUCUGGCGUUCAGUUAAUUCCACUGCCAGGUUCCAGCCAACCUAAGACAAUUUCUGGGAGGUUCCCUGCACGUCUGUCUCUCGUCUCAUGACUGGUAGCAUGAAAUUUGUCUGCCUGGUUCAAUUGUAAAGCCUCAUAUGCUCUUUUAGUAUUCAAUUGUUAACUAGACGUUUGCUGCACUAUUUUUGCACUGAUUUCCCGAAUCUGGAGCUGAUUCUCCCCAAGCUUCGUCAAGUCACCGAUUACUGGACUUGUUCCUCAUUUCCUUCUUUCCCCUGUCGCCAACCAUUGGAUAAAAAGAUUUAUUGUUGAACAUGCUGUGGUUUUUCUACACAUCGUUGAUUGACGUCCUAUCACGAGUUUGUUUUGGCUAAUAGUUCUGCUUUGCUUAGAGCGAAAGAGGCUUUGAGAAGAGUUUUAUUUUUUAGGACAAGCAUUACUGCAAGUUGUUUCAGGAUCAGUUUGAUCUUCUUUUCCCAGAUACAAGAUGGCAGAACCUGGAAAAAAAACAUUCGAGUUGUUUCAGUGUGGUUUGAAAAAUACUAUUUCUCGAUCCAAAAAAUAAAUCAGAUGGUGGGAAAUUUAGAUGGGGACGUUUUGACUCUUUUCUAAAAAGUAACUUGAGUUUCUGACGGAUCUGUUUUGGUAGAUCCUUUGUUUGAUGCCUCACAAUGGCCUCUGUUCAUCAAGUAACAUGUUAGAUUUGCCGGCUGGAAUAUAUAAUAAAGGGAUUGCUUCAUCUGGAUUGCUGGUAUUCCUUUUUUUGUCUUUUAUUUUUCUUCAGCUAUGUAGUCUUUGGGUGUGCAUAUCGAAUCAUUAAACUCCUAGUUUACCUCAUAUUGUAAUGUACAUGGAAGAUUACUCUAUUUUUUGUGAAGUUAGAUGGUACAAGAUAUUUACAUGGAAACUAAGUUUUGCUUUCUUGGUUACUAUAAUCCACAAACGCGAACUAUUAGAGAAGAUUCAGUGGGAUCUGAACCGAAGCUUUGACUGCUCGUUAUCUCUCUAUUUGGAUUGGUUGGGUUUCAUUUCUAGUUUAUGAUAUCAGCAAUCCGUAGACCGUCAGAUUCUCAUGAAAAAUUCUUUUAUUUUUUUAGCUGCAUCGGAAGGACUGACUCCUGCUGUAUGCCUCUCUUUUUGUUCAUCUCUUUGCGGCCUCCAGAUUUGAUCUUCCCGUUCUAGAAACCUUACCUUACUGAAAAAAAAGGCAUCUAAAUACACUCUUGUUCUACAGUAGCUUCUUUUCGACAGUUGAAGAUCCCAUUUUUCUUUGUCUUCUGGAAUGUUUUUUUCUGAUUGGUUCCUGCGUUGACCUAUUAACUACAUGCAUUUGAUAAAGCUCUUAGGUCUGUGUUUUCUGCUAUGAUCCAGAGGAACAUCAUUAUUACGUGAACAAGCGAUUAAUAUGCAGUAAAAACUUUUUUGGGUAUCUGCAGGCUAGACCAGGUAAAAAUCUGUGGGUUGGCGGAGUCUGUCCAUCAGUUUCUAAAGAGCAACUCGAGAGCGAAUUCUCAAAAUUUGGAAAAAUUGAGGAGUACAAGUUCCUUCGUGACAGAAACUCCGCUCUAAUCAACUAUUAUAAAGUAGACGAUGCCAUUGCUGCUUUGAAGAACAUGAAUGGGAAGCGUCUAGGUGGAGAGCAGCUACGAGUAGAUUACCUACGAUCUCAGCCUUCAAGAAGGGUGUGUGCGAUUCCCUCAGUGCUAGAUUUAGGUUUCACGUAGUCAUUUGCCCUUUUGAUUUCUUCCUGUGCACUCCCUUGUUUCCUUUUCAUCUAUGCCCAUUUUGCGUAAUUGACGUGAUUUUCGUCUGAAUGGGAAUCAGGAUUGGCUGGAUCAUCAUGAUCCGAGGGAUAUGCUGCUCAGCAAGGACCCAUCAUGGAUGCAACCGGAGUCAAUGAGAAAUUUUCCCGAAGGUUUCCCCCACGGGCAUAAGAGAUUGCAGGUGGGUAUGUCUGACCCAAUGAUUUCAGCGCCGAAAUUUCUCUCUUUUUCAAGAUCCUCAGUGAGACUAGAUUCUUUUUUCCUGUUUUGGAUCGAUGCUGACAGCCGCCAGUUGGGAGAAGAGACAUACAAAGCAAGAUACUGUGGAUAGGGUACCCUCCCUCUGUUCAGAUUGACGAGCAGAUGCUUCACAACGCCAUGAUUCUCUUCGGCGAGAUCGAGCAGAUCAAGUGUUUCCCCUCGAAGCACUACUCCAUUGUGGAAUUCAGGAGCAUCGACGAAGCCCGGCGCGCCAAGGAGGGUCUGCAGGGCCGCCUCUUCAACGAUCCCAGGAUUCAGAUCCUCUUCUCCACCAGCGAGCUCAUGGCUUCCAAGGACAACCUGCUGUUCAUUGCUGGGCCCAGAGCGCCUCGCCCAGAUAUGUUCUUCGGCGAGCAUCCCUUCGGGCACGUGGAGCAUUUCGGCCAUGGCCGUCCGAUGCCCCCCGGCGGCUUCCCCAGAGGUCUUCUGCACGGCGGCAUGUUGGGGAGGUCCUUCCCCCAGCAGGGGCUCGAGCUUCCUCCCUUUGGGAGUCCAGAGUUCUUCAACGACCAUGGUGGCCCUCUUCAUAGCUUCCCCGAGGGGGGUAAUGGCGGCAACUCCAUGGGCCCGGGCUUCAGAAGGUUAUCUCCCUCCGGGGUCCUCUCUGCUGCGCCGGGCAUGCGGCCACCGGGGAGGCCCGUGCCUGGGAUGUGGGAGGCGCUCGAUGCGAGGGACGCGAAGAGGCUGAGGAUUGAUGGGUCUGUUGAUGAAGCUUCUCUGCAUGCAAGCAGGAUGGGCGGCGCCGCCACCGAAGGAGUCAGAGACCACCACCAGGCCUACGGAGGCCCGGGGCGGCGCAGCCCGGUCGGCGGGCGGAGACCCGCCGCCGCCGCCGCCGCCGCCUCCCUUCCUGCCCACAGCGCCCCCGGUCGGGAGCACAUCUGGCGCGGCAUCAUCGCCAAAGGUGGAACCCCCGUCUGCUGCGCGCGGUGUGUGCCGCUGGGGAAGGGCAUCGAGUCUCCAUUGUGAGUUAACCCCUCCCUCGAAGCCUCCUUGUUCUUGAUCCAUGUUCUUGAUCCUAAUCCAUUGUUGUGUUCUUGGGGCAGUCCCGAGGUCGUGAACUGUUCGGCGAAAACAGGGCUGGACACGCUCGCAAAGCACUAUUCGGAGGCGGUGGGCUUCGAGAUCGUCUUCUUUCUCCCGGACAGCGAGGAGGACUUCGGUUCCUACACGGAGUUCUUGCAGUACCUGGGGCAGAACAGCCGGGCAGGAGUCGCCAAGCUCGACGACGGCACCACCAUGUUUCUGGUUCCUCCCUCGGAGUUCCUGACAGAGGUUCUAAACGUGUCCGGUCCCAAGCGCCUCUACGGGGUCGUCCUCAAGAUGCCGCCUCCGCCGCCGGCGAGCCCUGCCAGGCAGCCUCCGGCGCUACUCUCGGCGCCUCAGUAUGCCGACCGGCGGCAGCACUACGAGGAGCAGAGCCUGCAGAGGGAGUACAACAGGGCCUUGCCGGAGGAGCCGCAGCAAAUGGUGCCGUCGCUGUCCACCGCCCAUGCCGGCAAGCCCGGCCAUUCGCCGCCGGUGGACGUCUCCUUGACGCCUGAUCUCAUCGCCACUCUGGCCUCAUUGAUACCCACCGCUGCGCAGACUUCUUCUGCUGCUGCACAGGUUCCAUUGAGCUCCUCUGAGAAGGGAAUGGCGGCGGCCCAGAUUUGGGGCCAGGAGCCGCAAGCUUCAGCUGGCGGGAGCCAUGAAUACGAGCAGACACGCCAUCCUUCUCUCAUGCAGGGGCAUCAUCAGUAUGGGAACCAGCCGGCUCAUCAUUUGUCGCAGCAGCAGCAGCAGCAGCGUCAGCAGCAGCAGCAGCUCUCUUCAUACCAGGGCAUUGGUGGUACCAUGGCGGAUUCCUCUGGGCAUGCCCUUCCAGGCUCGCAGGUUCAAGACGGCGGCGGCACGGGCCGGCCAUUUGGCGGGUAUGGGGUGUCGUCUCAAAGUGGGCAGUUUGUCGCCGCCCAGGGGAACCAGCAGAACCUGCUCGAGAUGGCGGGCCUGCAAGCGAAGCCCUCCGGAGCUGCUCAUGUUCAGAGUGGGAGCGUGCUCCAGCAGCACCAGAUGGUUGCCGCUCAAGCGGCCGAGAAAGGGAAUGCGGGCUUCCCUUCUCAGGGGCAGCAGCUGCAGAGUGCGCUGAGUUCCGGUCAGGGUCCGUCGGAGACGGAGGCUGAUAAGAACCAGCGCUACCAGUCUACGCUGCAGUUUGCUGCAAGCCUUCUUCUGCAGAUUCAGCAGCAGCAGCAGCAGCAGCAGCAAGGUGGGAAGGGACCUGGUAAUCAGCAAUGA